AAAUUAGGAAGAUUUAAUAGAGCUAAGGGAAUAGUAAUUGAAAUUUUGCCCUUAGUAGAAGGGGUAUAAUUUGAGAUUGGGCCUAAGUGAAUGGGUUGAACAUUUAUUUGGGUGUAUACAUAAGUAAUAAACACAAGUUAAUAUUCCGAAGUAUUACCAGGAUCAGGCGUUGACAUUGUUGACAUAGAAGGAGAAAGCAGUGAAGAAGAAAGAGAGAGAAAGAUGAAGCGGUGUAAUCGAAUUGGGGUGAAUUUAUGUGAGUUGAGGUUUACCCUUUUUGUGAUCAUGGCGGUGAUGCUCCUGGUCAGCGACAAUGCCGGAAUCAAAGCAGCCAUGGCCAGCAAUUCAGCUUCUGCCUUCGUCAACAAUGUCAUUUACUCCAAUCGAAUUGCUGUUUUCUCCAAAUCAUACUGCCCAUACUCUUUACGUGCCAAGCGUAUAUUUAAUGAACUGCAGGAAAAGCCAUUUGUUGUGGAGCUUGACCUUCGAGAUGAUGGUUCUCAUAUUCAAGAUAUCCUGCUUGAACUGGUUGGUCAACGUACUGUUCCACAAGUUUUUGUGAAUGGCAAGCAUAUUGGAGGAUCAGAUGAUCUUCAGAGUGCUGUCUUGAGCGGGCAGUUGCAGAAGAAUCUCUCAAGUAGUUGAUCAUGAUCACUCUACUAUGAAGUUUUUGAAGAAAAAUCGUCCCCAAUUGGUUGUCAAAACUAUAAUGUUCUAGAUAUGAGGACAGUUCAUGGGUUUUUUCUGAUGUACUCAUGAAGUCAUGAGGAUCAUGAUAGAUUGAUAGGGCUUAUAAUCACAGUCUCACACCAUGUCUUGUUAAAGUACUUUUUGUUCCAUUUUAUCCUUAAAUCAUAAUAGGAAAAGGAAAAGAACUGUGUAUGUUUUUUUUCAAUUGUAAAUGUAUACCUUAAGGCUUUGUUUGUUUUGGUUGAUUGAAAUUAAUUUCCCUGCAUUUCUCCGUUUUC